AAUGCUAAAUUGAAACGCCUGCCGAUUUCGAAAAGAAAAACUUCAAAGAAAAAAAAAAGAAAAAAAGAAAAAAAAAAGGAAAACCAUCGCUUCAGAUCUAAGAGAACGGAAUUUUCAAUUACACUCGACAUCACCUUACCAAACGAGCCGUUCAAUUUGAGUGGCGAUCUGUUUAAUCUAAUGGUUAUAGGUAGCUGCUGAGAGCAUAUUGAAUUGGGUUCGAUGGAAAAAAAUAAGAACCGAACCGAUCUGCUCGCUGCCGGACGGAAAAAGCUUCAACAGUUCAGGCAGAAGAAGGAUAAUAAAGGACAUAAUAGUAAGCCAUCGGGUAAAGGAGGUAAAUCUGGGCGUGAUACGACGGCAGGCACAGUUGCUGAAGCAGCUGUGACACAGCAAAAUGAUCCAGUUGAUGAAUUAUCCAAGCAUGAUACGAGUGGUACUGUGGAUUUUUCAGAAUCAAGCUCUGGAGUGAAUGCAGAGGCAAGUGAUACAGCUACUGGUAAUUCCGAGCAUGAUGUAACAGUAGGCACUUCCAGUGACACAGCAGUAGCGCAGCAACAUGAUAUGGAUGCAGAUAGAUUCAAGGAUGAUGCAGAAGGUACUACUGCUUUACCAGAGUCAAUUCCUAGACUGGAUAGAGUGGCAAGUGAUGCUGCUUCUAGAGGAGAUUCAGUAACAAGUGACAGUGCUGUUGCAAAUAAAGAUCCUUCAGCAAAGGGUAAAGUUGGAAUAGCAUGUCUUUUGGAUGUUGCUGGAUUUCCAUCAGAGGGAUCUGGAAUGGAUAACACUAGUGAUGUGCAUGAUGUGAAUAUUAGGGCUUCCCAGGAGGAUGGAUCAUCUUCUCUUGUUUUUGAGGAUUCGACCUCUAAUGUCCCAGCAAUGGUUUUAGAAAAGAGGUCAGGAGAUUCCAGUUUACUUUUGCCCACUGAAUUUUCAUCUGGACUGGAGAGGGGGCAUGGGGAAGAGCAGGUAACAGAUGUAGGGGCAAUGCAGGAAGUUGACUGUUCCAGAAGUCAAAUUGAUGACCGCGUGGUGAAUUUACUUGAUGGAGAUAGUAAUCCUCCUUCAGAUGAUACUAGGGAGUCUAUUGCAGACAGUAGGGCAGCUGAUUCAGGGAAUACAUUUGCUGAGGAGAAUAUCCCUGUUGCCACACAACUCAGCAAGACUGACAAUGCAUCAUUGACUGUUUCUGUUACCAAUUAUGCUGGAGAAGGCGAAGAGGUGCGUGACCAUUCUGUUGGCACUUCUCCUUUAACUGAAUCCUCAAUAAUGUCAACCAUAAGAUCUGUGGCAAUGGUUCGGGAGAGAGAUGAUACAUCAUUUGGUUCAAAUGAAGAGAAAGCAGAGGCGGUUAAUGUUUCAGAUACAGAAGGCACUAAAGCAAGCUCUGGAUUUGUCGAGGUAGAAAGAUCUUUUGAGGUUGAAAACAAUGACAGUGCAAAUUUCUUAGCAUGCAAACGAAUAGACUUGUCUUCUAUUUUGGAUGGAAGUGUAAUCAAACUUUCCCAGCUUGCGGAAAUUUUACAGGUACUUGAUCAAGAUGAAUUCAGGUACUUGUUCAUGUCAAGAGAAUCGUCACUUGAGAAACCUAGAACUGCAGAUAGCAUGCAAGCUAAUGACUAUAUUGCUCAUGUUGCUUUUGAGAGGCUCAAAGAACAUUUAUACACGACAAGUUUGUCAAAGGAUGCAUGUUAUUUACAGCUGUCUGAGCAUCAAAAAUGGAUUGAUGAAAUUGCAGCCAACUCUUCACUUGUUGAAGUCCAAGGGAAAAAUGAAACAUUUGCCAAAGAAAUUGUGCAGUGCAGAAAUGAGCUUCAGGAGGUUGUAUCAGAGAGGGUAGAGCUCGAGAAGCAGCUACAGUUAUCAAGAGCUGAGGCUGAAGAAUUUGCUGCUAAAGUUAAUGAAUUGCAGAAUAAACUAGAAAUUACACAAGGAGAAAUGUCAAGCAUAUUUUCUGAACUAGUUGACUGCAGGAAUUUGGUGCAAGCCUUGCAAUCUGAAAAUGAAAACUUGAAUGAAAGUUUCAAAGUGAUGACUGAGGAGAAAAACAAACUUUCAGCGGAGAGUAGGAAUUUUUUGCUGGAGAAUGAAAAAAUCACAGAGGAAUUAAAUCAGCACAAAGCUUCUUUAGAGUCACUCCAGACUUUGAUACAAGGUGACAAGAAAAGACUCGAGCAGGAAAAUUAUGGCAUGAUCAGUGAGAAUAAUAAAUUAUUUGCUGACUUGGCAGAGUGUCAGAAUACAGUGGAAGUUCUUAGGGUUUUGACAUCUUUAUCAGAAGAAAGAAAAAAGCUCGAUGAGGAAAAAGUAUCAAUGGACCAUCAGAUUGGGAACAUGUCUGAAGAAUUGAUUCUAAAUCUUCAAACAGAGAUCGUCAAUCUAAAUGAGCAUAUCAAAUCCAUAUCAGACGAGAAGAGUAAGCUUGAAGAAGAGCAGAAGAAAAUUUUCAGAGAGUAUGAAAAGCAAUAUCUUGAGUUGGUGGAGUUCAAAGUACUGGAAGCUGUUUUGCAAGCAGAAUGUUGUGAGGCAGUGAAUGAUCUAAAAGAAGCCAGAACUUUCAUUAAGCAUCACACUGAAGAAAAUAAAUCCCUCUGUGCUGAUUUAGAGUUUCACAAGUUCAAAAUAAAAGAAUUAGAUUGUGAGAAAAACUCAUCUCAGUUUGAUGAAGUUGCAAAAGGUGUUAAGAAUGAUAGUGGUGUGUUGCACGAGCACAAUGAUCAAGUACAAGAAGCAAACAUAGAGCUUAUGGUUCUCUAUGAAGCUAUGAGAGAGCUUAUCAAUCAUGCUGUUGCAAAAGAGAGUGAAUUUCUUGGUCUAUGUGAGGCCAUGCAGAAGCAAGAAGCCAUUCUAAAGUCAGAGAACCAUCAUCUUCAAGAGAAGAUGAAUAACUUUCAAGUUCAUAUUAAUGAGCUCCAGGUUCAUUUGGAGGGACACUGUAAAGACUCAGAUGAGAUGGCUGCUUCUAUUUCCAAUCAACUGCAAGCACUCCAGGCAGAAGUGGCUGACAGAGAAUUGAUUCUUCAAGAAGAACGGAGUUCUGUUUCUGCGCAGAUUCUUCAGACUGUUGGUAUGCUGGAUUCUACCGCCCAGAAUGUUUCUGCCAACCCAUUGCCUGGUGGAAAUAGCAACCAUGAUGUUGUUGGCUCUGUUGCUGCUUCUGUUGAUGGUGCCUGCAAAGUGAUUGAGGGUUUGCAUGGACAACUUGAGGCUGCUCAAAGGGAGUUUCAAGAAAUGUCGCACAAAACUGAUGUGGCUCUGAGCAUUCUGUAUAGACUUUACAGUGAACUUAUGAGGACAUUAUUUGGGCAUUACCCAGAUUCAGCAGAAGAUGUCGUGGCUGAUGAUAAAAGGCUGGAUCUUUUACAUCCUAAUUUUUUUGAUGUCCUGUUGGACCAAUUGAAAAAACUUUCUAGUGAGAGAUUGGAGCUUGAUUCUGCAAAUAAACAACUCAGUUCGCAGAUGACCAACUCAGCAAGGGAGACUGACGAACUGCAAAAGUUUUGUCUCAAAUCAGAUACUGUUCUCAAGUUAAUUCACGAGAUUGAGCAAUCAGUGAAGUUGGAGGGGCCAGCUAUGUAUGCGGAUGAACCUGCCUCAUUCCUGGAGGCUCUGAUUCAUUUACUCGUUGAAAAAUACAGAGAAACUGGCCAGGGCUCAAGCUUAUGUGCAUCUCUAGAAAUGCAAGUACAUGAUUUGCAGGAUGAAGUGGAACGCUUGAACUUUGCUCUCAUGGAAUAUGGAAAUGAAAACCUGGUUUUCAAGCACAGUCUGAAGAGUGCGGACGAGGUUGUUAUUGCUCUCAAUUCUAAAGUACAAGAGAAAGUUGCCGAGCUAGAACUGUCUGAGCAGCGAAUAUCGUCCCUCAGAGAGAAGUUAGGUAUAGCAGUUACAAAGGGGAAAGGCCUUAUUUCACAGCGCGAGAGUCUCAAGCAAUCGUUAGCUGAAACGUCCAAGGAACUGGAGAAAUGUUCACAGGAAUUACUAUCUAAAGAUGCAAGGCUUCAUGAACUUGAAACAAAAGUAAAAGUCUACUCUGAGGCAGGUGAGCGCAUGGAAGCCCUGGAAUCUGAGCUCUCAUACAUUCGCAACUCAGCUACUGCACUAAGAGAGUCAUUUCUGCUUAAGGAUUCUGUCCUACAGAGACUAGAAGAGAUUCUAGAAGAUUUAGAGCUUCCGGAGAACUUCCACUCCAAAGAUAUAAUUGAAAAGAUUGACUGGUUAGCAAAAAUAGUUGGAGAUCACUCCUUGCCACUCGGUGAAUGGGAUCAUAGAAGCUCAGCUGAGGGAGGUUCAUAUUCUGAUGCUGGAUCUGGUGGUUUGGAUGGCUUGAAAGAAGAUAUGCAGCUAAACCCUGCUUCCAGUGAGGAUUUAAGAAGAAGAUAUGAAGAACUGCAAAACAGAUUUUACGGGUUAGCCGAGCAAAAUGAGAUGCUUGAACAGUCAUUAGUGGAAAGGAACAACCUUGUGCAGCGGUGGGAAGAAAUUUUGGACAGAUUAGAUAUGCCACCUCAUAUGCGAUCUGUGGAGCCUGAUGAUAAGAUUCAGUGGUUGGGAAGUGCACUAUCAGAGGCACAAAACCAUUCUUAUUCUCUACAGCAAAAGAUUGAUAACUUGGAGACCUUUUGUGGAUCCCUAAGUGCUGAUGUGGAAGAUUCACAAAGAAGAACAUCUGAGCUUGAGGCAGCCUUCCUUCAGGCUUGCACAGAAAAAGAAAUCCUAUCAAAGGACUUGGAGAUACUGAGACAAGAUAAUGAUGAAAGCAUAAAAAGAAUAGCUGAUUUUGCUCUUAGAAAUGAGAAUCUUCAAAAUGAAUCAAGUUUGUUGCAAGCACAGAAACUUAGGUUAGAAGAAGAUAAGGAUCGUAUUGAGGAUGCAAUUAGAAGACUGAAGGAAAUGGUUAAGGAUGCUCUUCAGGAUUCUUGUCCUGAAGAUGUGGUACUUUAUCAGGAAGGAGUUGAAUAUUUAGAAGAAACGUUGAGAAAGCUUGUAGAGAAACAUAAGACACUAUUAUCUGGGAAGCUUGUUAAUGUAGAUUCUACUGAUGUGCAUGUCACUGGAAAGGGUGAGCUGUCUCAACUUUCCAGAGAUUUUGAAGAGCAGGAUGUCGAGACUCUGAGCAAAAAACUAGAUGAAUCUAUGGGUGAACUAACGUGCUUGAAGGAGGAGAAAGAUAGAUACAUGCUGAUCAAUCAAUCCCUAGUCCGUGAAUCAGAGGAGCUGGAAGUAAAAAAGAAAGAAUUGGAAGAGCUACUUAAUCAGGAAGAGCAUAAAUCAGCUUCUUUGAGAGAGAAGCUAAAUGUUGCUGUUAGAAAAGGGAAGUCCUUGGUGCAACAGCGAGAUGGCAUGAAGCAAUCAAUCGAAGAACUAAAUGCUGAGGUUGAGCGCCUCAACUCUGAGACCAAGCGCACUGAAAAAACUAUUUAUGAGUAUGAGGAACAGAUCAAGAACUUGUUUGCUGCACGUGACAGGGUACAAGUAGCGGAAUCUGAAAAUAGUUUCCUCAGGGAUCGCCUGGCAGAAACCGAACGCUAUUUGCAGGAGAAAGAGGGUAGCUGGAGCAGUAUUUUGAAUGCUUUGGGUGAAAUAGAUGUUGGCUUUGAAACUAAUUCUGUAAAUCCAGUUGAGAGGAUAAAAGAGAUAGGCAAGUACUUGCACGAUCUACACGGUCGAAUGGAUUCCCUUGAACAAGAAUCAAGAAAAUCUAAAAGAGCAGCUGAACUACUGCUUGCAGAGUUGAAUGAAGUUCAGGAAAGAAAUGAUGGCCUUCAAGAUGAGCUAGCAAAAGUUGUUAAUGAACUUUCAGAAGUUUCCAGGGAAAAAGAUCUAGUUGAAAAUGCCAAACGUGAAGCUGUUGCGCAUGUUGAAAAGCUAUCUUAUUUACACUCGGAGGAAAAGGAGAGGCAGUUGUCUGAAAUUGCGGGUUUAAAAUUUAGUGUGGACAACUUGAGAAAUGAUCUUUCUGCCAUUGACAGAGAACUGGGGGGUGUUCUUUCCAAAGAUUUGGAAAUUCUGUACAAUGUGGAGGCUACAAUGAAAUCAUUUUUUGAUUUAGACGGCGUUCCUGCUCUGGGUGCUCUAUUUCCUGGUAGCUUACCUGGGGGCACAUUCUCAGCAAAAUCAGAGAACAAGGUUUUUAGGACCCAAAUUGAUUCUAUCCGGGAGCGAAUUCAUGAGCAUUCACGUGUAUUACAAGAAGAAUCAUCUCAGUUAUCUGAAGUAGUCAUGAAUGUUCGUAGAGAGUAUACUUCUGAGAAGGAGUUCUAUGAAUCUGUGAAGAGAGAUGCUGAGCGUUUACAAUCAAUUGACAAAGAGAAAGAGUCAAAAUUGCAUAUCUUGCAAGGGAACAUUUCAUUAUUGUUUGAAAGCUGUGCUAGUGCAAUUUCAAGACUCGAAAAUUGGAAGGAACAUGUGGUUGAAAAUGCAUUGGCAUCUGGAUCUCCACAAGGGAACUUAAAUUCCCAAAAUCAAAUUGGAGGAAAUAUUUCCACUGGCGAUGCUCACAUCUUCAAUGAGGAAAGCAUUAGGAGCAUGUGCCACAAACUAUCACUGGUUGUGGGCAAUUCCAUAUCCAUGCAUACUAAUGAGUUGGCCAGAGCGAUGGAAGUUGGCCACAGUGAGAUGAAGAGUACCAUAAUGAAUUUACAGAAUGAGCUUCAAGAGAAGGACAUCCAGAGAGAGAGAAUUUGCAAGGAACUUGUUGAUCAGAUAAAGGAAGCCGAAACUAAUGCAAACAAUCAUUUACUUGACCUUCAGCAAUCAAGGGUAAAGCUAAAUGAUUCACAGAGACAGUUGGAUGUAAUGGGCGAGGAGCGCAAGUUGUUGGAACAGAGAAUGAAAGAACUCCAAGUUAAUGAAUCUAAUGCCAUAGAUUUGCAGCAGAAAGUUGACUCACUGACAGAUGCACUAGCUGCAAAAGUACAAGAAUGUGAGGCUCUGAUGCAAGCCCUUGAGGAACAGGAGGCUGAAAUGGAAAACCUUGCAAACAAGAUUGUGGGGUUCGAAAAUGAGUUGCAUCAAAAGAACAAAGACUUGGAGAACCUUGAAGCUUCCCGUGCUAAAGCUUUGAAGAAGCUUUCUGUCACUGUGAGCAAGUUUGAUGAACUUCAUUAUCUGUCAGAAAAUCUCCUAUCUGAGGUCGAGAAACUACAAUCGCAGCUGCAAGAGAAAGAUGGAGAGAUUUCUUUCCUUAGGCAAGAGGUUACUAGGUGCACUAAUGAUGCACUAGCUGUUACACAAAUGAACAAGAAGAGUUCUGAUGAGAUUCGGGACUUGCUCGCUUGGCUUGAUUCCUCGAUAUCUCACGUACAGGUCAAUGAUGUAACUAAAGAUUAUUCGAAUCACCUGGUUGACGAAUAUAAAGAGGUAUUACAGAAGAAGAUUUUGGACUUGAUAUCUGAGUUGGAGAAUCUUCGUGUGACGACCCAGAACAGAGAUAUGAUGUUGCAAGAAGAGAGAGUUAAAGUGAAUGAACUAACACAGAAAGAACAGCAUCUGAAGAACUCCUUGCGUGAAAUGGAAUCUCAACUAGUCAUGCUUCAAGGUGCUGGAGAUUCUGAUAGAGCUACAAAAUCUACUUCAGAGAUUGUGGAGGUUGAACCAACGACAAACAAAUGGACUUCUGGUGGGACCAUUGCUCCGCAAGUUCGCAGUUUGCGGAAACCAAAUAAUGAUCAAGUUGCCAUUGCAAUAGAUAUGGAUGACAGUAGUCAGAGGCUGGAGGAUGAUCAUGAUGAUGAUAAAGCUCAUGGUUUUAAGUCGUUGACCACAUCAAAAAUUGUCCCACGAUUUACAAGACCUGUCUCAAACAUGGUUGAUGGAUUAUGGAUGUCCUGUGAUCGUGCCCUGAUGCGACAACCUGCUUUACGUCUUGGUGUAAUCCUCUAUUGGGCUAUGUUGCAUGCCAUGCUUGCAACUUUUGUAGUCUGAGAAUCUAAACAACUGGUCUCUGAUGAUUCUAGGUUUGACAUCACAGCUUCAGUUGUGGCGGAGAUAAGUUUAUAAGCCGCUUUUAUACAUAUAAUCAUCUAGGUCGCUCAUUCUUUCAUCAUUCGUGGACCAGGGAACUGUGAUUUCCUCGCUUUUACAACACAAAUCACAGAUGGCUUGGUGUUUGCCCAAUAAGAAGACAAGUUUUUUUUAUUAUAGGAGUACUAUACAGUGGAGGAGUCGUAGGUGAUUAUAGCCGACAGAAAUUUUUCCUUCUGUUUAGUUGUGGCUUGACAAGCAAUGUGGAAUUGGUCUCUCUCUUUUUUUUUUUUUGUAUGAUGAUGGAUCACCCAUAUAUUAUUACUCUAGUGCUGGAUCAUCAAAGCCACUCUCAAAAUGUUGUGUUUGACAAUUUCUAGGAUGGGAUAUUCCCCCUGGUAUAUACAUAUAUGCUUCAUGUGUUA